AUGACUGAUUUAACAACCUCUGAUUAUGAAUUAAAUUUAUAUAAAUUAAAUUGUGUCGAAGCCUUUUAUCCCUACUUGAUUGUUGGUUGUAAAAAACAUUUAAUAAUCUAUCAAAUACAAGUUGGAAAUAUUAAUUCAGCUAGGGAGAAUGUAUCAUAUAAACAUUUAAUGACUCAUAAAUUGGAAUCGGAAAUUAAUUACAUGACUAAAUCGGAUCAUGAUAAGAUUUUCAUUGUUGGAGAGAAGGGAAUGACAAGAAUGUUAAUUAAAACUUCAAUUAUUGAAGAGAGUGAAGGAAAUUUAAUAACAGAACAGUCUAAUUCUUCGAAUAGUUUGGUAAGAUUGGAGAAAUUGGGAUUAAAAUUAAUUAAUUUAUAUCAAAAUAGAAAUGAAUCAACAUGGUCAAUUUCUUAUUUUGGGGGUGUUUGGGUUUUGGGUGAUAAUUCUCAUGUGAUUAAGAUUCAUUUACCUAAUUUUGAUCAAAAAGAACCAUUUACAUUAAUUGGACACAAACAUAAUUUACCUCAUUUGAAUUUAUAUUCUACAAGUAGAUUGUUAUCAUGUAGUAUUGAUCAGAGUUGUAAAGUUUGGGAUGUUGAGGAGAGAAAGAUUUUAUAUUCACAUGAUUUUGAUGAAUGCUUUGAAAUGAGCUCCAAUGAACACAUUCAAAAAACAAGUGAAACAUGCUCUGAUAUUUUCAUUAUUGGAACACAGAAUUAUAUUUAUUUGCUUAAUGAUACUCUCGAUACAGUUCUAUUUAAAAUAUUUUACAAACCAUUCAGAGGUCUCUCACACAUACCUCAAUAUAUUUAUGAAUCAUUGGAUAGAGUUUCAGUUUGUAGAGUCAUUCCAAAAUAUAAUCUUGUACUCAUUGCUAAACAGAAUGAUAAUAAGGUUAUACUAUUCAGAUUGGUUCACUCAAUUCAUUCAGGAGAAGUGAAAACAGAAGUGAACUCAACAAGUGAAAAUUCAUCAACAAUCAUAGCACCACCACCUCUAAAUGAACAUUGCUAUUCACUCAUACCAAUUACUUGUCUGCCAUCUGCUCAAACACAAAAUCAAUGUAUCAUUGGAACAACCUAUGAUGAGGUAUUGGAUAGAAUAUUUAUUCAAUGUUUGGAUGGUCAAGUGUUUGUCUAUGAUUUGAAUUUGAUAAUUUCACCUCUCACCACUACUUGUAUUGAUAAUAUUAUUGUUUAG